UAUGUACCAAAAUUGGGAACACUGCAGCGUAGUUAGUACUUUCGAUGAAACGAAGACAGCAGCAGAAAUUGCAACAAAAAAAAACUCUUGACUGGAAAUUUUGACAGUUCUACAAAAUCCAAUUGUUUUUUAUCUUACAUAACUCCUCUCCUUAUUACCUCGUGACAUUCUGAUCAGAUAAAAAUCACAAAAAUGCCAGACAUAUCGACGAUAACACACUAUCCUCUAAAGAUAAUUUUUGCAAUCCACUUCUCCCUGGUCUCAUGGGGUAUUCAAGGACAAUGGGUUCCUCGUUCUAUGAUGAUGUACAAUCUUCUAUUUUUCAUGUGCCUUCUUUGGGCCAUUCACAACAUCGAAACAGACGAACCUCUUCAAUUCGCGCUGUUUAUUAAUGUUGUGUCUAUACUAUUUGAUGUAUUCGCCCUAGUUGUGUACUUUCCGCACGGGACAUAUGAAAAAUUCUGCGCAGUGGCUAUUAUCUUCAACACGUGCGCGCGCAUUAUAACCUCAAUAUUCCUUGUACGGAUUGGCCGCUCAAGAGGUGGAUCUCUGGCCAUGAUGUUCCCAUCGAGUCCUUCUAUGGGCUAUGGACGGCAAGAGUAUGAAGACAUAUCACACCCAGUUCCGCAGAAUUCCGACUUCGCCGGAAUUUAAGAAAAAAAAAAGGAACCAAAGAAUGGAGAUUGCGAUUUUCGGAAGAAGGAAAACGACCGAGAAAUAUAUUGCACCCCUUCUAAAAAAAUUUAACCUAUUCAGAAUGCGGAUCUUAUAUAUUUUUGCAUAAAAAGAAACCUCGAUCUACUAAUCAAAGAUUUAUCAAAUUAGAUCUAUUUUCUGUGCAGACUAGUCGCCACUUUGAAAUACUGCAGUUAUAUAAAAAUUAAAUUUAAAUCUGAAAUGAAAAAAAAAACCAUAACUUUAAAUAAUUGUUGCCGGGAGAGAUUAUUCUUCUCUGAAAGUCAUAUUAAAUAUAUUUUAAGCAUACAAAUAUAAAUACUAAUGUAGGUUAGGUGCCUGUAUUGUUUAUAAAUUUUAAUUCUAAUUUAUUAAUCGUUAAUUAAGCGUAAACUAAUAUUAUAGAAUUUUUA